CUAUAUGACGGCAAUUUAUGACAACAAUCAACACGUUUUCCUGCGUCUGGGCUCAGGACUGGGUCGGGCGUCAAGCAUAGGUAGUGGAAGUUAUGCGACAAUAGCAUCAAUUCAGAAAUCGCCCCCAUCGCCUUCGCCAUAUGCAACCAGCGACGCCUGCCGGGUAUCUUACUACGCCUCCUCGCAAAUUAUGCUAAUGUCUCAGGUUCAACUGCAAGACCCCAGAUUUGUUGAUCCAACAAAACGUUUACGAGCCCUUAUGAUACCACGUGCUACAAUCACAUUGAUGAACGUAACCAGAGAAGGAAUCUUUGGAAGAAUCUACACCGCCAAGUUGGGACAAGAAACAGUAACCGUAAAGGCAAUCAAAGAGACUGCAUCUAAAAGGCAACUGAAUCUCUUCCUAUCGGAAGGAACGAUGAUGUACGGGUUGGAUCACAAAAACAUCCUGAAGGUUUUGGGUGUUAACAUGGACAAUCCGAAACAACCCCUGCUCGUUUACUCCUACGCUGGCAGGGGUAAUUUGAAGAGAUUUUUAAUAAAAUGCCGGCAAAAAGAUGAUGAUCAUUACAGUCUAUCAACGCAAAAUUUGGUUGAUAUGGCGAUACAAAUCUUACUGGGGAUGAUGUACUUGCAUAGUCAGUGUGUUUGCUAUAAGGAUUUAGCUACGAGAAAUUGCGUGCUUGACGAUAAGCUACAAGUGAAGAUUGCAGACAACUGUCUAUCCAGAGAUUUGUUUCCAAAUGACUAUUUUUGCCUAUCAGAUAAUGAAAGCAAGGCUGUUAAAUGGCUGGCCGUUGAAAGUCUACUACACAAGCACUACUCUGCAGCAUCUGAUGUGUGGUCAUACGGGGUUUUAAUAUGGGAGCUAACGACUCUAGCCCAACAACCGUUUUCGGAAAUAGACCCAUUCGAAAUGGGUUCGUAUUUGAAAAAUGGCUACAGGUUGGGACAGCCAGUGGGUUGUCCGGAUGAACUGUUUGCCGUAAUGAGCUACUGCUGGCUCGCGAAUCCUGCUGACAGGCCUCCACUGCCACAGUUACUAUCUUUUCUGCAGGAAUUUUACACCGCUCUCUGCAGAUUUAUAUGAAUUUGAUUAUUCGUAUUUGUUGUUGUUUUAUUUGUACUCAAACAUUCCAAACAAGGAAUAAUACUAACAGUAUUACCUAUAUAAAGUAGUUGUUGUUUUUUAUUGGCAUUAUUGAGACUGAAUUAGGAAUUAAAGUCGAAACUAUUUUUGU